UUGAUCUUUGUCCUCACUUACAAGGCAGGUCCUGUACGACAUGUAAAACAAAACAUAAUAUACAACAGCUUUUAUCUUCAAAACACGCAGCAUUGAUAACAUCCACGAACAAUAAGCAAACAUAUGUACAGGCUAUAUACAUGUAUCUUCUUUCAGUUUAAUAAAGCCUAACUCUUAGCUUUCCCAUUCCGAGUCGGUAUCCCCUUCCAGGAACCGUGUUAUUGUUUGUCCAGUUCUUUUCCACGCCCUUAUGUUGUGGGCAGGUGUGAGGUUCGGGAGCUGUGAUCCGGUUCUGAGCUGGUCUGGUACGGUGGCAAUAGUCUCUCCACCUCCCUUCUCACAUCUGUCGCUAUCUGUUCACCAGCAUGUCGGUGGCGGCGGCAGGCGGUGCCGCUAGUGGCUCAGCCAGUGCAAGCGCUGCUGCUGCUGCCUGCUCUGUCGGCGGUAGUGCAGGAGCCGGAGACGGGGUGGCAGGGAGGCUGCCUUGCCGAGUGUUGGAGCUGGUGUUCUCGUAUCUGGAUCUGAAGGACCUGUUCAGCUGCGCCCUGGUGUGCAAACACUGGAACCAGAGCUUCCUCGCCGAAGAGAACAACGAGGUGUGGCGGAGCUUGUGUGCUCGGAGCAUGGGGGAUGAGGCGCUGCGCUCGGAUAUUCUCUGCAAUUUGCCUACUUAUAAGGGGAAGCUGCAAGCCUUUCAGCAUGCCUUGAGCUCCAGCGACUGUUCCCGUAACGUCUACGUGAAGAAGAAUGGCUUCACGCUGCACCGGAACCCCAUUGCCCAGAGCACCGACGGGGCCCGUGGCAAGAUCGGCUUCACCGAGGGCCGCCACGCCUGGGAGGUCUGGUGGGAGGGGCCCCUGGGCACCGUGGCUGUCAUUGGCCUCGCCACCAAGCGGGCACCCAUGCAGUGCCAGGGCUACGUGGCCCUGCUGGGCAGUGAUGACCAAAGCUGGGGCUGGAACCUUGUGGACAACAACCUGCUGCACAACGGAGAGGUGAACGGCAGCUUCCCCCAGUGCAACAACGCGCCCAAGUACCAGAUCGGAGAAAGGAUCCGGGUCAUUCUGGACAUGGAGGACAAGACACUGGCGUUUGAACGAGGGUACGAGUUCCUGGGCAUUGCCUUCCGGAGCUUACCAAAGGCCUGCCUGUACCCAGCUGUGUCUGCCGUCUACGGGAACACGGAAGUGACCAUGGUGUACCUGGGGAAGCCGCUGGACGGGUGAAGCCAGUUUUGGUGCCAUGUAAUUAGAGGGACAAUGCCAAGGAAUCUGCAUGGGGCGAUACGAGACACAGCCUAGUUCAGCGCAGGACUGAGACCCAGCGGGCUCUGGUGAAUGUGGCUCGGGGAGGGGGAGGGGCUGGGGGUGUUGACUACCCUGAUCGCUGUAGAUUCAGCCACUGAACACAGUUUCAGCUACUGGACUAUUUUAAAUUAUAACAUGUCAUCCUUUUCUUUUUCCUUUUUAAGAAUUGUGGUGUUUUUUUUUUUUUUUUUAAUCAAAGAAAGGCCAAAUUAAUUGUGGCAAAGUAUAAAAAGUUGAAUACACUAUGUUGGACCCUGUUACACACAGACAUGUAAAAUGUAGAGGGACAUUACACUGAGCCGUAAAGCUCUGCAGUGGUAACUGUCAUGCCUGCUAGCACAUUCGCAGUAAAUGGAUAAUGUUUGGUUUACCACUGGACGUUAAAAUGAGGUCAAAUGGACAACGUGUGUGCCACCCCCAGUCGUUCUUCAUUAACUCAUCUGUAACACUUGUUGGAGUUUGAUAUAUACACAGUGUCCUGGAUAAAAUGUUGGUCUUCUGCGUAACUGCAGCCAUUUUAAAAGUAAAUGUUUCCUCCUACAUUUGGCAGAAAAGAUGAUGGUUCUGUGUAGGUUACACAAAAAUAAUGAAUUUAUAAGGAAAGACAAAACCAGCUCUGAACCUCCACAGUCAGUAUAAAAUGCUGCUUUACACCAAGACAAUCCAUAACUUUACAUUUGGUAGAGGCAUCUAUUUAGUGGAACAUGGGGCUGUCUGCGGUCACCCAUUGGUUAUUUUCUGCAUUAAUCCACUUGUUCAUCAGUUACCCUUUACACAAAGCAGGAAUUGCAAACAACACUCCCAAUUAAUUUCUGUGUGAGCCAGUCCAGUUUUACUAUGAACUAACCACGAUUUAAUUUAAGGACUCGAGAAUGUCUAUGAGGGGGUUGUUGCGUUAGUUAAGUUUUAUUUCCAUUUUGUAGUACAGAGUUCAAUGAACAGUGAACCAUGUCUAGUUUCAUAAAUUAAAUACUUUCACAGGAUUAAUAAUCAAAUUUCCUACUGUUCAUUACAAUGAGGAACCUUCUCUCUGCCCCCUUCCCUCCUGUGCUUGUUGUGCUAAGCUGGGUUAGCACAGUUUUACCUGCACCCUUGUGAGCUUGUUACCUAAAGACAAUAUUUAUCUAGGAGCUAGCAGCUUUAAAUGACAUUUUAACAAAAUCCCCCCCCCCGCACCCCCAUUUUGGUUAUGGCUGCCUGUAGAGCAUUCAGUUCAAGAGAAAUUACAAGUUCCGGAAACUUCGUAAAACACCUCGGCUUUUCCAUGUCACACAAAGAAAAGAAAAUCAAUAAACAACUCAGAAUGGUUGCAAAUAGGGUCAACAGAGAGGGUCAUGUAAAAAAAAAAUACUGUAACAAUGGCAGGGUUUCCAGGGGGGAAAAAAAACAAAUAAGUCUCACCUUUUUCUCACUCUAUUUUGGUCGUACCUUUGGGGUAAUUUGGGUUUCCUUGUAGUUUUCUUUUAGGGAGAGAAAUUUGCCUUCGAAUAGCAAGCACCUUAAUUAAUAUUAAAAUAUAGGGGGGGGGGGGGGG